GAUAGUAUAGAGCAAAAUAUAUACGCAAAAUAAUUUUGCAUAUAUUUUUGUUUUUAUUUAUAUAUCACAACAAUAACAUUUUUUAUCUAUUUACAACAUCAGUUUGUUGAGUUGAAUAAAUUAUAUUUUUUCAAUAUGUGCAGAGAGUAAAAUACAAUUUUACAACUUUCAGUAAAGUUAGAAGAACUUACUGGUUGUUUUGAAGGUUUUGUAAACUGAAGGUGAUCUGAUGCAAAAUCGGAGAGAAACGCAACAUACGUCUGUUCAAUAAAAAACAUGAGUACUUUCACUUGUCCCAAUGAAAGAGAAGAAUUUGUAGUACAACAACUUACUGAGCUAUUUGGAAGUUCCUUUGAGGUGGAGGUUAUUAAGGGCACUGCAAAGACGUGUAAUUAUAACGUUCAUAAAGCAUCAAAUAAACUACUGGAGAUGUCCAAUAAUAAAAGUAGAAGCCCAAAAAAGAAGAGCAGGAAAUCCACAGACUUGGAAAAUGCUAUUAUAAAUAUCAACAAAGGCUAUAAAGUUUUAGUUUUGUUACGAGGUCUACCAGGUUCUGGAAAGUCCACUCUAGCUAGAAACAUACUUCAAAACACCAUUGGAUGCAGUAAAGAUUUCAUGAAAUAUCACAUUUUAUCAACAGAUGAUUACUUUAUGAAAAAUGGAAUAUACAGGUAUGACUCCACUAAAAUAGGAGAAGCUCAUGGUUGGAACCACCAGAGGGCAUUUAAUAGUCUUAGCAAAGGUUACAGUCCUAUUAUAAUUGACAACACUAACACUGAAAUGUGGGAAAUGAAGGCAUAUGCUGUUAUGGCCAUGGAUUAUGGUUAUAUAAUUGAAAUUCUAGAACCAGACACACAUUGGUGUUUCAAUGAGACAGAACUGGCAAAAAGGAACAAACAUGGAGUUUCUAAAUUCCAUAUUCGCAAUAUGCUUGACCGAUUUGAGAAGAAUGUGACCCCUACUAAAUUAUGCAGUGCCUAUGACUGCAGAUAUAAGUUACAGAAGCCUCCUCAAAUGAGAUCCUAUCCUCCUGUUGAGCAGCAGAUGCCAAAAGUUUCAAGUACAACAGAAAAUGUUGCGCCAGUUCAUAAUAGCCCAAGACGCAACCCAUUUGAACAUGCUCCUUCACCAGUAAUUGUGGAAGAAAUUAUCAAUUUAAUGGAUUUUAAUGAAGACUCUUCAAAUUCUCUAUCAACAAGCAAGAAUGUACCUUUUCUGAAUAAAAACGUCAGUUUUAUAGACAACCUGCUAAUGUACCAAGGAACUUCACCUGUUCAGAGCUCAAUAUUAACACCAGUGCAGACUUUUGACAUGAAGCAGAGCACUUUUUCAAAUAUUGAGACGACCUGGGGUAUAAACGAACAAGCUCUACGUUCUUGGGAUAUUGUGACUCCCUUGAAAGAGGUAGAACCGGUUUCAACAAAACCUAUUAUUUUAACUGAAGAUGAAGUUCACAUAGAAACCAAAAACUCGUCAUGUAAUACUGACGAUGAUAUUUUUGUGCUAUUCAAGUCAAAUAGUAAUGUAGUAAUGAAUGAUGUAACUAUUCGGGAGUGUUGUGGUAGAGAUAUCAACAAAGACACAGUAACACGUAGACCAGGAAUUAGUAAGAAACUUAUGCUGGAUAAGAGCUGCCUCACCGAUGACUACUUAGAUGACAAGGAUAUCUACAUAGCACAAUUGACAGCUCUGUUUCCAGAUGUACCUAACUCGCAUCUGAACUACUGGUAUGGCAAGUGCAAAGGAGACAUUGAAUGGACCAUUGAGUUACUGCUUGCCCAGAAAGAUGACAUAAUCAUUCUCUCGGAUGACGAAUUGGAGGAGUCUAAGCAGCAGCAUGUCAAUGAAAAUAAUGACAUACCCUUACCAAUGGAACUGGAUCAAACUAUCAAGCCGAAGCCUAAGAGUCCCACUAAUGAGGAAUCUAUGGAGCUAAAAAAGUGUAUUGAAAAAAAGGUGACUAUAAAUGAAAAUUGCUAUUCUGAUCAUCUAAAAAAAAUCAGAAAUCGCAGGAAUGGCGCCCCAGAACUAUCACCAACAUCAGAAACACCAGCAGUUGACUAUGAGGCGCAAGAUGCUGUAAUGGAAUUUAUUUAUUCCGAUAAUGAGUGUGGAGACUGGGAAAUUAUAUCACAAGCUGAUGAUGCUUUAGAGGAAGAAAGUAUGGAAAUUAACCUGGGUCAACAAUUUGUUGAGCAAUUAGAAAGAAGGUUUGGAGAGCAGAGCCUUGUGUACCCAAAAGGAUUUCAGCCAGUUGUCCAAGUACCUGUCUCGUUGGCCAAACAGCUCUAUACUUUCUAUAUAGAAUCAGUAUUUCAGCAGAUGGAGGCUCAGAACUCUGUACUGGAUACCAUGGUUAAAGAAGAUGAGGAGUUUGCCAGGAAGUUGCAAGAAGAAGAAGAAACAUCCAUAAGCAAAUCUGAAAAGUCAUCUUCAGAACCUAGGAAUUUUCAAGAAAUAGUUAAUGAACAGGCAGAGCUUAGCAAAUUGGAAAGGGAAGCAGGAAAAUGGAAGGAACUAACACCUGAUACAUUGGCAGCCAAGCUUACACUUCAAAAACUUUUUAAAGCUUUUCCCUAUGCCGAUCAAACUUCAUUGGUUGAAAUACUCCAUGCUCACAAUAAUGUAUACAAAGACACCGUGGAAACUCUUCUAGCAAGCUUUGACCCUCAACAGAUUGUUGGUGAUGUGCAAAACAUUAAGGAAUCACCUUUAGAAGAGUCGGUCAUAAAAGAAAUGAAGAAUGCUCAACAGACCUAUAAGCAACACCAGGACAAAGGUGAAGAACGUUCAGCCCAAUCUUACCGUGAUGAAGCAAAUCAAUACUAUGUCAAAAGAUCAGAUCUAUACCAGAAAGCCAACGAAUAUCGCUCCCGGGGAAUGACAGAAGUCGCCUUGUUUUAUUCAAAUCUGGCGUCCUGGCAGACAGUAUAUUGGGAACGGGCCAACAGCAUGGCUGCCAUGGCAUUUGUUGAUGAACAUUCAAAACGCCUGCAAGAUUUCAACACCCUGGACUUACACUUUUUGUAUGUCAAAGAAGUGGUGCCCGCAUUGGACAUGUUCAUUGACCGGAAUAUUAAUUUAUUGAGGCACAGUGCCACCAAGCAAACAGAGUACUUGCAGAUUAUAACAGGUCGAGGUAAAAGAAGUGAGAAUGGCAAGCCUAAGAUAAAGCCAGUGGUGGAAGCCAGACUCAGGAGAAGGAAGAUUAUAUACCAGCACUUAAAUCCGGGUCUUUUGAAAAUUAAGGUCACUAAACUAUCACUGGUCACAAAUGAACUGCAGAAUAUAUCCGAUCCAUUUUAAAAAAAAUAGUGAGUAUGCUAUGUGUACCCAAAUACAAACAAAACAGCAGUAACUAAAAAUUUCCGUUUUCAGAAAUACAUAAUUUCAGAAAGACCUGUUAUCUUCAGAAAAUGUAAACUAGAUUAGUGAUAAAAAAAUUAAAUCAAGGAGGAUUGGGUUAGAAAUUAAAUUCUAUAUUUUUAUCUGCUUGAACUAUAGGUUUUUUGUUUGAGUUGGUGCAAAAGGUUGAUCGCUUUUGUUGACACUCUCCAUUCGGCAAAGCAAGUUUUCAGGCUGUGCCAAAAGUAUAUUGCUAAAACGAACAAGGGCUAAAAAAAGUGUGUCCAUGGAUAUUUUAAAUUUUCUGACACUACUUUUACAGCAGUUUUGUUAUGACUGAAUUUAUAUUUAUUGGAUAUAAAAUGAGAUAAAAAAUGUUAAUUCAUUACAUAUAUUAUUUCCGAAUUAUGACAAUAAGCCUUUAAGUUUAAAAUCUCGUUAUAUGGCGAUUUUAUCUUUUCUUUUUAGCUCUCCUUUGAGAAAACGAGCAGUCUCGUGGAUGGAAAAAACUUAUGUUUCAAAGAAUUUUUUAUUCAGAGUUUCUGUAGUAAAAAUGUCAUUUAUUAAAUUGCUUGGGGUCUUUUUAUUUUAUUCAUUAAUUUUGGCUAUGGGGUAGCUUUAGUAUUAAUGGUACACUUAUAUUUAUUUGCAGUACUAGUUACCAAAUGGGAUCAAGCAAAUAAAAAUAAUUUGUCAUUAUUUUUUUAUGGUAAAAAUAAUCAAUAUUAACAUGUCUUAUUAGUACAAAGAUUAAGUACAAGUUUUUUUAAAUACAAUCUAAAUCUUUAACUGAUAUUCAUAUUAAUUGGGCCGCACCGAAUUUUGUGAUACUGUUUUGUUUUUACCAAUAAUAUUUUCU